AUGAAAAUACACGGGUUUAUUGUUAUACUGGCAUUAUUUCCUCAAGCCUUUAGAUGUGAAGUAAAAAACCUGGAGUUCACUUUACGAAACAAAAGUGACCUGAUCAUGUUAGCUAUGGAUGAGCAGCACAGCGCAGAAGGAGAUUUAGAUUGUGCCAUGAAAUGUGCAAUGAGCCAAAGUGAUUGUGACAGUUUUAUUUAUGACGACAACAGUAAAGACUGCAAGUUGGGUUUUUGUACUCUACCAAAGGACGUGGUCACCACAUCAAUACCUCCACCACCAACCAACUCUAAACUUUUCACAAGUACAUUUUACUUGGAUGGGAAUGGGAUAAUGGGAUCUUGUCACACGGCUGCUUGCAUUGCACAAGGAAAAAUUCUAAAAACACAGACCAGAGUUCUGUACAACCCAGCUGUUUAUAAAUCUUGUGCCGACGUGAAGAACUCCACCAACUCCAGACAACUUUUACAACUGUCGUCUGGUCUUGUCGUCAUGUGUGACACAGUGACAGAUGGAGGGGGCUGGACAAUUUUCCAACGUCGCGUCUCCGGCGUCGUGGACUUUUACCGCAACUGGGAGGAAUACAAACACGGGUUCGAAGACUUCGACGCGGGAGAAUUUUACCUCGGCAACGAAAACAUUUACUGUCUGACAGCAAACAGGUCUUAUGAGCUCAGGAUUGACAUGACAUAUCAAGGUAAAAGUUACUACGCUUCAUAUUCAAGUUUUACACUGUACCCAGAAAGUGAAUUUUAUAAAUUGUCUGUAAGCGGAUUCUCAGGAAAUGUCGUUGACUCGCUAGCGUACACCAGCAACCAGAAGUAUACCACGUAUGACAAAGACAACGACAUGGCUACCUAUAACUGUGCUGUAUUUGCCCAUGGUGCUUGGUGGUACAACUCCUGUCUGCGUGCAAAUCUCAAUGGUGUCUAUGGCAGUAACGUGUAUGGUAAAGCUAUCGUCUGGUUUGGUAUCACUGGUAUCAACAGCAGUUUGGACACCACAGAAAUGAAAAUUAGGAUUACUUAA